GCCAUGUGGGCAGGGCUGGGGCUAGUUCUGGCUCUCUGUCUCCUCCCAGGAGGAGGAACAGAGAGCCCGUACUGCGAGGAGCCCCCAGAAUGGCGUAUUGGGGAGGAAAACCCAAUGCUGAACUCUAGGGGGUCGGUGACAGUGGUGGCUCUCCUCCAAGCUAGCUGAUACUUGUGCGUGCUGCAGGCUUCAAGAUUGGAAGACCUGCGAGUGAAAUUAGAGAAUGAAGGACUGGUCAACAUCUCGUAUAUCGUUGUCAAUCAUCAGGGAUCCUAUUCCCAGAGGAAAUUUCACCUACUGCAAGAAAGUGUUUCGGAAUACAUUACUGUCUACCAGCAAGAUGAGCAGCAAGAUGAUGUUUGGACUAAAUUAAAUGGAAACAAAGAUGACUUUCUCAUCUACGACAGAUGUGGUCGUCUGGUGUAUCAUCUUGGUCUGCCCUACUCCUUCCUGUCUUUUGACUACGUAGAAGAAUCUAUUAAAAUUGCAUACUGUGAAAAGAAGUGCGGAAACUGCUCGUACACGGAACCCAAUACUGAUGUUGUAUGUGAAAACUUCACGAAAAAAGCAGAUGAAAAGCUAGCGGAGGCAGAACCCAAACCAAGUGGCCAACACUCACAUCACCACAGCCUGCACAGACACAGACACAGGCACCACCACCAUCACGAAGGCAGUCGUCAUUCCAAAACUGGGAACCAUGAGGCUCCUUCUGAAACUCAAAGACGUCAUCCUCAUGGUGGUCGGCGUCAUAGAGUUUUUGGCCGUAACAGACACAAUGAGACAGGCAGUCAAGAGCAGGUAGACGCUGUUCCUCCAGGAGGUGUAGAAAUUGCACAAGAUAAAAAGCUAUGAAAAAAGGGGAAAACCACCUGUAAAAACCAGUUAACUUGAAAUUGGCAGACAGCAUCAGACUCAACUUCUAGUAGCUGAUGCUGUCACUGCCGACACCUUUUGUUUGAAGAGCUAGGGAAUUCUGUCACUUGACAGUGUCGCGGAGCACUUCCAAAUUCCUGCAGGUGACACGGCCAGCUGUCAGCAGAAGACAUCACUGAAUCUUGACAGUGACGUCUGCUCACUGCUGCCUGACAGUCGCCAGCAGCAGGAGCCAGUGAAACCAGUGACACCUGACAGUGACAGGAAAAGGCAAGAAACUGAGCCUGAAAAACAAACUAA